GGCUUGUCGUACAGUUUGUUCUAGCUGCUGAGCUUUUCUUCCCUUGGUGCUGCGGUACCAGUUAUGUUAGGCGACUACUCGUUUCAGUUCAGGUUGCUCCAGCAGCCACUGUUCAGAUGCUGUGGGUUUGAGAAAGGCUGUGGGGUAGCUGCCGGGAAGUUAAAACACACUGACAAACGAUGCAAACAGCUCCCAGUAACACUGUAGCCAAAGGCAUGUUACAUUUGACCUGACUGCUGCUGUUCGAGUAGCCUGUCGGCUAACGUUAGCGACCGUUAGCUCAACCGCAGCUGGCUAGCAGAAAGACGCUCAGAAUGAUAAAGUAAAGCCAGCAGUGAAACAAAAUUUCACGAAAGGACAAAUAACAACACGACCAAUGCUAGGUGCUAAUAACAACACGGUUUAACUACCACAUAAUUUGGAAAACUUUUCGACUCCCAUGCGGACUUUUCCACUGUUUGCACUCGUCGGUUGGAGAGGGUUAACGGUAACUGUUGGUGACAGCUGUCGGUACUGCUGCAGCCAUCUGUCAAUAGUCAACUAUGUUUUUACUGUCCAGGACAACACGCCUACUCGGAAGAGGGAAAACAUUGCUACGUGAUCCGUUUAAGAGGAUUUGCGUAAACAUGUCGUCCUCCUCUGCCCCGGGUAAGAGACUAAGGGUUCUGGUUGACAUGGACGGGGUGCUGGCGGACUUCGAGGGGGGGUUCCUCAAGAAGUACCGGGCCAGGUAUCCGGACGAGCCCUACAUCACCCUGGAUGACCGAAGAGGGUUUUGGGUGUCAACGCAGUACGGGCAGCUGAGGAGUGACCUGUGUGAAAAAGCCAUCAGUAUCUGGGAGUCCAAGGACUUUUUCGUAGAACUGGAUCCGCUGCCAGGAGGAGUGGAGGCGGUCAAGGAGAUGGCCAAGCUAGAUAACACAGAUGUCUUUAUUUGUACCAGCCCUAUAAAGCAUUACAAACACUGCCCAUAUGAGAAGUAUGCAUGGGUAGAGAAUCAUUUGGGUCAUGACUUUCUGGAGCAGGUCAUCCUGACCAGAGACAAGACAGUAAUCACCGGAGACAUACUCAUCGAUGACAAGCCUGACAUUCUAGGUGUGGAGUCCAAACCAACGUGGGAGCACAUCCUGUUCACUGCCUGCCACAACAAACAUCUCCCCAUCAGCCCCUCCCAGAGGCGACUCCUUUCUUGGUCGGACGACUGGAAGGCCAUUCUGGAUAGCAAACGGCAGUGAGGGACUCCUUCGCCUACGAGUCCGACAUCACCACCACACAGAGGGAUCGCUGUGGUGCCGUGGCAAUGCCAGAAAUCACUACUGAAAAGAGGGAAGGUAAAAUUCUAAGAGGGAAGUGAUCAGCCAAAUAAAGAUAAUUUAGAGUUUGGAUGUUUUACACAAAGCAGACACUUGCAAAGAUUGUUGCACUCUGUUGGAAGAAGACAUUCACUUGUUUGACCACAAGGGGGCACAAUGAGACUGAGUGUGAAGUGGAGUUGACAACCACAUAUCCACCAAUUUCACUGAAACAACUGUGACAACAAAAAGGUUGAAGGUGAGGACAAAAUUAUUUUUUAAGUCUCAAAGGGCAGACUGAACUUGGUAGCUGCUCUGUGUCUGCAUACUGUAUGUUUUUUGGGGUUCUUAUUUCGGACAUUUCUCUUCAAAUAGAAACUAAUUUUAUUUUUGAGCCACUGGAGCGGGUUAUCUGUGGUAUUCUUCACCAAAGGCUUAUCAGUAGGUGACAGCAUUGUCUUCUAUUAAUGAGUCAGUGAGCCGAUAUUCACUCACAACAGUGAGGCACUCCACUACACAUUGAAAUGUACAAAAAAAAUCUCCUUGAGCUGUAGGCACUGGCCAGUAUAUGGAAUACAGAAACAUAGGAACAAGACCUGGACUUAAAAACACUGUAACUGUUAUAUCUUGGGUCACAGAGUACCACUGGCAUGUAAAUGUAAAUGCAAGUAUACAUGUACGGAGAUACCUCUUAAGGUUUUAAAGAGCCGAUAGUUUAAUAUUGGUGCUUCAUUUUAUUUAAUUUUUUAAACUUAUUUCCUGUUUCACAGUGAUGUAUGCAUCUUAAGUAAUACACAGAUGAGAAACGUAUAUAAUUACACACAUAUGCAUGUGCCAAACCCAUCAGUAAUGUUGAAUACAUUAGAUUAACAGUCACAGUCAAUGUGUGCUGAAUACGUUUAAAAUAUUAAAGGAGGAAAAGAUGGCAAGAUGUUUAUUUGAAUACAAGAAAAUGAACACAAGACUGAUUUCUACAUGUAAGAAUGAAUUAAAAAACAAACACAGAGAUAUGAUUUAUAUUGUUAGAUACUUCUUGUUUUUUACAUGGUAGUGAAACAAUUUUCAACUUACCAUAUUUUAUAAUUUUCUCAUAAUUUGCUUAUUGUAAAUACCCUGAAAUUAGAAAGUAAUAUUACAGAAUUACUCGAAAUGUCAAAAA